AACAAAGAUCGUCGUCGCGUGUGUGAUGCGUGUUUGUCCGUCGUCGUGUCAUGUUUACGUGCGCGAAGUGCCAAGUUUCCGGUCAUUUCGGGAUUGUUCCGUUCUCCCGACGUGUUUCCCAUCAUUCCGGUCCGAUGCCGAGUGUGGACUGUGAGAUUUUUCACCGAUUUUGCCGAUACAACUGAAUGCUGCUUGAUCGGUGGCAUCCUGAAAUUGAUGAUUGUGGAAAAGGCGGACCACUGAUCGUACCGAACCGCCUGGCCCGUUACUGCAUCAUCGCACUUCCACCGGUCAUCCUUUGGACUUGGGCAGCUUUCGGCUGCGGAAUAAUUUUCGUCACCAAAUGUCGCUCGGCAAAACAUCGUCGUUUGCGAAAAUGAGGGCGGCGGCAGCAAGGUCAACGGCUGAGCAGGGUCAAUCCGGCGACGCCAACGGUACCGCGUCCAGGUCCAAUAUCGGUGCACCAAAUAGCAAGCAAAGCUCGACCCUGGUCAACAUUGUGCAACCCAUCACAUACAAUGAACAACUCCAAGGCGGUCCUACUGAAAAUUGCAAAGCUUUAUUCGGAGCAGUUGAUGUCCAACGUUUGCCUGGUGGUGGGUGCCAACCGCUAUCCGGCCCACCGGGUUAUUAUAUGUGCCAGCAGUUCCAGUUGAUGUUUGUGAAUCCGGAGUCGAACGAGUCCCGCGGGUUUCUGAACUUGUUGUGGACCACAUUAAGGUUGCCAUCCACACGACGAUGCCGAUGCUGGAACUUUCCUAUGGAGCACAUUGCCAAAAAGGCCACCCAAUACUACAUGGUUUCAUGGUUCCAGUACACCAUCUCGCUAGGAAGUGACCUCGUGGAGCUGACGCAGGCGCUGAAAAGGUUCCUUAAGUGCUACUUGGAUAGUGUGACUUUACGUUUCCACCUGCCUCUCUUUAACUUAGUGUGCUUAGGGCUGAUUUCUUCACCUCGGCUUAACCGGUAAGCCAGGCUUACCCAUAUAGUUAAGCCUGGCUUAACGCUUAAGCCAAGGUGAAGAAAUCGCCCCUUAGAGCACUUCGACAUGUUCUCAAUCGACGGGCUUCCUUUAUUUACCAUUGCAUGAAUUUGUGUAUUGUUAGGCAAGCACAAUAAUAGCAAUCUGGAGGUCGAGAAAAUUUACAAUUACGGAAAUCAAACCCGUCGUGUUCGGAUUAGCGGUCCAUGCCCCUAUUCACUAUGGGG